AUGGCGAGCUUCGAACCUCCUAUCCUGGUGACCGGAGCAGCGGGCCGAGUUGGCGGCGUCGGCAGGCGUGUUGUGGCAUUGCUUCGAGCGGCCAAUCUACCAGUUCGGGCACAAGUGCGGCAGGACGACGAUCGAGCUGAACAGCUGCGCUCUCUGGGUGCGGAGGUUGUGGUAGCUGAUCUUUUGAAGCCAGAGCAAGUCCUUCCAAUUCUCCAGGGAUGUCGAAAGAUCUUUUUCUGCACGAGUGUCUCUGCCGACUACCUCGAGGCGACAAUGGUCAUGGCCGCGGCCGUAAGAGCUACGACCGGCAUCGAGCUUCUCGUCAACUUGUCUCAAAUGACUGUGGCAGAGAUGGACCUUACUCAUACGACGGAUUCGCACCAGCAUAGGCUGCAAUGGCUGAGCGAACAAGCGCUCAACUGGUCUGGCCUGCCAGUGACGCAUCUUCGACCAACUGUGUUCCAAGAAAAUGCACUCUUCUGGCAGCUACCAGCACUCGAAAUCAAGAAGUCGGGGACAAUACGCAUGCCCUUUGGGCAAGGCCGGAUCUCUCCGGUAGCUGCCAACGAUGUUGCAGAGGUGGCGGUGCAGAUUCUGCUUAAACCAGAUCGAUAUGUCGGCAAAAGCGUGGAGCUGACCGGGCCCAGUUCAGUCGACAUGUCUGAACUUGCCAAGGAAUAUUCUGCCGCAACUGGGAGCCCGGUUCAAUACGUUCCGAUUCAGCUUGACCAUUGGGUGGAGGAAGUAUUAGGAAUGGUAGAUCUGCCGAAACAUGUGUAUGACCAUCUUAUGGUCAUGGUUAAGCUCAUCGCAGCUGGAUGGUAUGAUAGACACACGGAUUCUGUUCAAACCAUUCUCGGUCGGCCGGCAGCAGCUAUUUCGUCGACUAUAAAAGGAAAUCCUCAGCUGUUCCGGCCCUUCUGA